CCUAUUCCUGAAUCCUGAUAAUGUUUUGUUGAGUGCGUGGUGUAUGCAUGAGGGAGUGUGUGUGUUUGUGUGUGAGAGAGAGAGAGAGAGAGAGAGAGAGAGGGAGAGGGAGAGAGAGAGAGAGAGAGAGAGAAAACGUGGUCGCGGAGAAGCUUAGCAUUAUAGCUAGUUUGAGAGUGUGAAUGAAGUGUUAUACAAGCUCAGAUAUUUAGUAUUAUUUAUUUUUGUAUGUAGUCAAGUUUGCCAGAAACAGAGAAGGUAAAUCAUUACAGAAAUUGACUGGCUUCUGACAAAUAUAUUUUCCUGACAGGUUUACGGAUGUAUUCGAGCUAAAUUUUAUUAUCCAUCGUUUAAGGGUGCAAAAUCACGAUUUGAUAAAAGGCAGCUUCUACGUGUGUGGUCAUAAUAGUGUUCAAAAUGUCCAUGGGCGGCCAGAAGACCACCAGUCAGGCAAUUCCGACCAUCAGACGAGUUGCAAUCAACGAUGCGGCCCAUAUGCCUCAUGACUACUCUACAACGCCAGGAGGGACCCUGUUUAGCACAACUCCCGGAGGCACCAGGAUAAUUUAUGAUCGGAAGUUCCUGCUGGACUGUCGCAGCUCCCCAUUAGCCCGCACACCGCCCUGCUGCCUUCCUGACAUUCCAGGGGUGACCAGUCCCCCCUUGGUCACCAUGAAAAAUGACAAGGCCUCCUCCCAACAGCCUGUCAGGAAAAACAUCAGCUCCCCUGCAGACAAGAAUGCAGGUGAAGAUGCCCAGUUUGAAAUGGAUAUCUAAUUACAUAGAGGACCUGCUAAUUGAAGGAGGUGACAACUGUAACAAAUAUUACUGUGAUAACUGUUCCCUAAGCGGAUAAAUGCACAGAAUAUUUCUCCUUCCAUAUCAUCUGCCUUUUGCCAUUGUCUACUGUUCAGUUGGUAUUUUCUUUACCUGUAUUGAUGCUGUUGCUCAAGACAUGCUCAAGCCAUUACUUUUGAUUCUCUACAUCAGCAAACACUGUUGUGCCUGAAAGAGCAUCUCGGAUGUCUGAUUAGUGCAUCCCAAGCACAUUGAUGCUGGUAAUCCUGCCCAGCUCUACUUCUGCCCAAGACAUGGGGGACACCUUAAAGGCCACCAUGUGACAUUGUUUGAUACAGAUUGUUUGUGUAGUUUUGAAAAUGACCAGUAGGGGGAGCAACAGUUCCUUAAUUGUUUUCUCAUCAAGAGUCAUUAAAAAAAUAAAUAAAUUGAUUGUGGAGGAAAUCCAGACAAACUCCAAUGCCAACUCCUAUAAAUUUAGCAUACCAUGAUAAAAUGUACCACUUUCCAUUUGGCAUUGAUACUUUACUUUUUAAACAGUAGAAUACAGAUAAUUUCUGUUUUUCUUGUAGAGUAUUUUCACCUAAAGUGUCAUUCAACAGAAUGUAAAAUGCUUUUUUUUUUUUUUUUUUUAUUUGCUUUGAAAUUCUCUAAACUGCCCUGUUAUUCCUAAAGUGACAUAAGCAU